AUGGACAAGUCUUGGAUUUCAAAAGAUAGGGAUUCUUUAGAAUAUGAAGUGGGGGUUGAAUCUUUCUUGAUAUUUGCCAAAGAAAAUGCUAAGAAUCCUAAUAAAAUCCCUUGCCCCUGUGCACGUUGUGGGAAUUUUAAGAAGCAUUCUGUUAAAAUAAUUAGAGGUUAUUUGUAUGAAAAAGGAUUUAGUUUGGGGUAUGUUGAUUGGAUAUGGCACGGAGAAAAGUGUCCAACUAGUGAGUCAGCACCAAAGUCUUCUUUUGGUAGUAAUUUAGUCGAAAUUCCUACAUCCAAAAAUGUUGACAUAUGUGAAGCAGCGUAUGUGAGGAGUGAAUAUAUUGAUGAUUCUGCUGAGUUUAGUAGGUUUGUCGCUGAUGCAGAACAACCGUUAUACAAGGGUAGCGACAACAUCAAAUUAGAGUCGAUGUUGAAAUUACACAAUUGGAAAUCUAGGUUUGGCAUAAGCGAUAGUUCCUUCACCGAUCUUCUUUCUUCUACAGGGUCUUUACUGCCUAAAGACCAUGUGUUACCCGUGAAUGCGUGUGAAGCGAAAAAAACCCUAAAUGAUUUAGGCCUCGAGUAUAUUAAGUUUCACGCGUGUCCAAAUGAUUGUGUACUGUACAUGGGUUUAAAUAUUGAUGCGUCGGAGUGCCCCAAGUGCCAUCUGUCUCGUUGGAAGGUUGGAAAGGAUGGUAAACCUAGGAUUAAUGUUCUAGCCAAUGCAAUGUGGUAUUUUCUGAUAAUUCCUCGAUUUAAAAGGAUGUUUAAAUCUCCUGCCACGGCUGAACUUAUGAGUUGGCAUUCGAACAAGCGAAUUCAAGAUGGCCAAAUGCAUCAUCCAGCCGACUCUGCUUCUUGGAGGAAUGUUGACUAUAGGUGGCCUGAAUUUGGUAGUGAGUCGAGAAACAUUCGCUUAGCAUUAGCUGCUGAUGGAAUAAACCCGCACAAUAAUGGCCUUACCAAUAGGUACACUUGCUGGCCAGUAGUUUUAGUAACUUAUAACCUUCCUCCAUGGUUAUGCAUGAAGAGGAAGUUUAUGAUGCUAACUAUACUAGUUUCAGGUCCACAUGAACCGGGUAAUAACAUUGACGUGUAUUUGCAACCAUUGAUUGACGAUCUGAAAAAGCUUUUGGAAGAAGGUAAACAGAAUGUAUACGAUGCGUAUACAAAGUCUUAUUUCACAUUAAGAUCUGUUCUAAUGUGGACCAUAAACGACUUUCCGGUGUAUGGAAAUUUGUCGGGCUGUGUGAAUAAAGGUUAUAUGGCGUGUCCAAUUUGUGGAGAUGACACAGUAGCUAAACAUUUAAAAUUUAGCAGAAAAAUUUGUUACUAA